ACGUCUGGUGUGGCUGGCGGUAGGAGAAGCCCCCGCGGGUUUGGGACGGACAGUAAUCCUGGUGUUGAGGCUUGCGAGUCCAGAGAAGGAGGAGAGCGCUUUGGGGCUACGGGCGCAGAGGGUAACAAGAUGCAGUUUCUUGGAGGAAAUCGGAGGAAACUGAGGUUGGCAGAUGACCAGAGGAAUGCUUGCUACCCACAUAGCCUUCAGUUUUACUUGCAGCCGCCUUCUGGAAACAUAUCUUUGAUAGAAUUUGAAAACUUGGCUAUCGAUAGAGUUAAAUUGCUAAAAGCAGUCGAGAAUCUUGGUGUGAGCUACGUGAAAGGAAGUGAGCAGUACCAGAGUAAGCUAGAGGCCGAGCUUCGGAAGCUUAAGUUUUCCUACAGAGAAAACUUGGGAGAUGAAUAUGAACCCCGAAGAAGAGAUCACAUUUCUCACUUUAUUUUACGCCUUGCUUACUGCCAGUCUGAAGAGCUUAGGCGCUGGUUCAUUCAACAAGAAAUGGAUCUCCUUCGAUUUCGAUUCAGUAUUUUACCCAAGGACAAAAUUCAGAGUUUCUUAAAGGAUAGCCAUUUGCAGUUUGAGGCUAUAAGUGAUGAAGAUAAGACUCUCCGAGAACAGGAUAUUAUGGCUUCAUCACACAGUUUAGGUGGGGUUCAGUUGGAGCUGGAAUCAGUUUAUAAGAUCCCUUUUGCUGAUGCUCUGGAUUUGUUCAGAGGAAGGAAAGUCUAUUUGGAAAAUGGCUUUGCUUAUGUACCACUCAAGGACAUUGUGGCUAUCAUCCUUAAUGAAUUUAGAACCAAACUGUCCAAGGCUUUGGCUUUAACAGCCAGGUCCUUGCCCGCUGUGCAGUCGGAUGAGAGACUCCAGCCUCUACUCAACCACCUCAGUCAUUCGUACACUGGUCAAGACUACAGUACACAGGGAAAUGUUGGGAAGGUUUCUUUAGAUCAGAUCGAUUCGCUUUCUACCAAAUCCUUCCCACCUUGCAUGCGUCAGCUACAUAAAGCCCUGCGGGAAAAUCACCAUCUUCGUCAUGGGGGCCGCAUGCAGUACGGCCUCUUCCUGAAGGGCAUUGGCCUAACCUUGGAACAGGCAUUGCAGUUCUGGAAGCAGGAAUUUAUCAGAGGAAAGAUGGAUCCAGACAAGUUUGAUAAAGGCUACUCUUACAACAUCCGUCAUAGCUUUGGAAAGGAAGGCAAGAGGACAGACUAUACGCCUUACAGUUGCCUGAAGAUUAUCCUAACCAACCCACCAAGCCAAGGGGAUUAUCAUGGGUGCCCCUUCCGGCACAGUGAUCCCGAGCUGCUGAGACAGAAGCUGCAGGCAUACAAGAUCCCUCCCUCAGGGAUCAGCCAGAUUUUGGAUUUAGUAAAAGGGACACAUUACCAUCUAGCCUGUCAGAAGUUCUUUGAGAUGACACAUAAUGUAGAUGAUUGUGGCUUUUCUUUGAGUCAUCCAAACCAGUUCUUUUUUGAGAGCCAGCGGAUCCUCAGUGGAGGUAAAGACUUCAAGAAGGAAUCCGUCCAACCAGAAACGCCCCAAUCCAAACUGAGUGUCCAGAGAAGCAAGGAUGCGUCAUCUGCUCUGGCCUCGCUCAGCUCCUCUCUGGAAAUGGAUCUGGAGGGACUGGAGGAGUUGCUUCAGUGAACGAUUCUUGGGCAGUUGGUAGCCUGUCUUCCUCAAUAGUUUUUAUUUCCUACUUUACGAUUUUAUCUUCUUCUUUUUUGUCUGCCUUCUCCCUCCACCCGACCCCCUUUCAUCCAUCCACACAUUCACGCGCUUCACGGAAGGCCACCUUGCAGGUAAAAACAAAGACCUCGUAUAUUUUUCUGUGACAAAAGAGAAGAGGAAGAAUUUCUUUUGAAAUCUUAACGCUUGAAUGGUGUGAUUUAAGUCCCAUUUUAGGAGAUAAAACAGCUUUCUGGACUGGUUACAGUCCCCUAGAAACAGUACGACUAAGAACAGCUUUUAUUUUAACACUUACCACUGUAAUGUUGACCCAGGCCUUUUCUAGACCAUUUCUGUUAAUAAAUAUCAAAAUGUAUAA